GGGAUGUGCAACUGAAAAUUAUCGUUGUCAAUCGACAAGGGUAUAAAAGGCCCCGUGUAGUCUGUCUGCAUCACAAGAUCUCACAACGUUUUUGCAGUCAGCCACACUACUACCACCCCCGACAGAAUCAAAAUGCUGAGAAUCACCUGUCUUGUUUUCGUCCUGGCCGUUGUUGCCAUGGUAUCCUGCAACAGAGAGGCUCUCACCCAGGCUGUCAUACAAGAAAGCGGGAACUCGAAUCUUGAAGAGGGAAGCUCAGGUCUGUACCUUGACGCUAACGGGUUUGCUGAGGCGUGCGACACCAGCGUAGCUGACGACAUGGGUGGAACCGCAUACAGCGAAGCGGGCGAUAACGCUGAUGAUGCUGUCGGAUUUGCAUCCAAACUGGCCGGCGACAGAGCAUCUAGCGCUAGUAGUGUCGCUUGCGAUGCUUUUGCAUGUCCCGAUGGAAACGUUUAUGGUGCCUGUGCCUUUGAGUAGGAGAAAGCUGAUGGAAAGAAGCGGACAUGUUGCAGGGAUAUUUAGUCGAUUUGUAAUGAGUUUUGUUGAUAAAUAAAAGAUAGUCAAAUGAUAA